GAACGCGGCUGCCGUCAAUCGCGGCCGCUACACCUGCAUGGCUGUCAACCGGCACGGCCGGCGCGUGGGCAGCGUGGUGGUGAGCGUGGAUGAGAGCCGGCUGUCCCUGCUGCUGUCCCUGUCCCUGCUGGGUUCUGUCACCGUGCUGGCAGCGGCCGCAUGGGGCAUUUAUUACAUGAAGACCACAGCCUGCAAGAAGGGAGAGUACAACGUGCGUGAUGCCGAGGGCUCCUCCGAGGCCUCCCGCCUGCACCGGGGGGACAGCGGGGGACAACGGGAGCUGUUUGGGAUCCCUCUCACCCCCACCUGAGGAACCUCAGCACCCGGGACCCCCAGAGCACAUGGAGGUGGAGACAGUGUGGUGACACCUGGACCGAGGGAUGGUGGUGGGGGUCGCCAUGCUGUGCCCGUGGGGGGGGGUGGUGGCUGUCAUCAUAUUGUCCGCAAGAAGCUGUGUUGGUUGUUGUCGUAUGUCCCGAAGAAAUGGUGUUGGAUGUGCCCAAGAAACAGCGUUGGAUGUCACUGUGCUGUUGGAUGUCCUCAAUUAACAGUGUUGGAUGUCACCAUAUUGUCCCCAAAGAACAGUGUUGGAUGUCACAUAAACCGUCCUCAAGGAAUAGACUUGGAUGUCACCAAACUGUCUCCAAGGAAUGGUGUUGGAUGUCACCAAAUGUCCCCAAGGAGCAACGCUGGUGUUAUUGCUCCAUCCCCAUGGGUUGGUGUUGGAUUCAGCCCAAUUUGUGGCCAGUGCCGUUUUUUAACUGCUUUGCUUUGCAUUUUAUGGAGGUUAUUGGGAAGGGGGGGAAGGAGGCAAGGAAUGUAAAUUAA